UCAAUUUAUAAUAUAAGAAUAGACUAUCAUCAUAUUCAGUAUAUAUCGUUCACAGAAGCUAAUGAUUAAGGUAAAGGAAGAUCGUCCACAAAAUGGUCCAAAACUGGUGACUAUUUUAAAUACUUGCCCACACAGAGCACACAACAGGGCAACACAAACAAACACUGCACAUGGUUCUUACUAUCAUUCAACCAUUGAAGUUGAUCACUUCAUUACAAGCCCUGUCCCUAGUUUUACCUUUCAUUCUCUUCUUGUUCUAUCUCCACAGAUGGCAUCAACAACGAAUCCAUUUCGUAAAAAAAUUCCCCCCUUCGCCACCAAAACUGCCCCUUAUAGGUAAUAUUCACCAACUUAGCACCCGCCCACACCGCUCUCUCCAUUCACUAUCAAACCAAUACGGAGACUUGAUGCUGCUACACCUAGGCAGUCUACCAACGCUAAUCGUUUCCUCAGCAAGGACAGCUCGAGAGAUUAUGGUAACCCAAGACAUAACAUUCGCAAAUAGGCCAAAGUCAAAAAAAGCUGAUAAGUUUUUCUAUAAUUACAAGGAUAUUGGAACAGCACCUUAUGGGGAAUAUUGGAGGCAAGUGAAGGGUAUAUGUAUACAGCACCUCUUGAACAACAAAAAAGUUCGUUCCUUUCGUAGAGAAAGAGAAGAAGAAAUCACGCUUAUGAUCGAAAAAAUUACACAAUCAACAUAUUUACCUGUUAAUUUGAGUGAAUUGUUCAAGGAUUUCACUAAUGAUAUGAUAUGUAAAGUGGUGUUUGGAAUGAAGUAUAGUGAAAAGGAAGGUGGUAUGAAUUUCAAUAAGUUUAUGAAUGACUUUACUGAGUCUUUAGCUGAGUUUUGUUUCGGGGAUUUUAUACCUUGGCUCGCUUGGAUUGAUGGCGUAAGAGGGUGGGAUUCGAAGAUUAACCAGAUUUUUAAGGAAUUUGAUGAGUUUGUUGAGAGGGUAAUAAAAGAACACCAGGAUCGUCUAGAUAGCUACGGAAUGGCUGAAGAUGGUGAUAAUAUGAAUGAGAAAGUGAAGGAUUUUGUGGAUGUAUUACUUGAUUAUAAGAAUGAUCACAAUGCUGGUGUUACUAUUGAUCAUAUUGGUGUCAAAGCAGUUAUAUUGAAUAUGUUUGCCGCGGGGACUGAUACAACUUCAAGCUUACUAGAAUGGACAAUGGCAGAACUAUUAAGGCAUCCACAAGUUUUAGAGGAGCUUCAACAAGAGGUCAGAAAAAUUACCGAAAACAACACAUGUGUGAAAGAAGAGGACUUGGAGCAAAUGAAGUACUUAAAAGCCGUGAUCAAGGAGACUCUACGACUUCACCCUACAGUUCCUCUAUUAGCUCCCCAUGAAUCGACUAAACAUACCAAAAUUAAUGGUUAUCACAUUCCUGCUAGCACAACAGUCCUAAUCAAUGCUUGGGCAAUCCACAGAGAUCCCUCUUAUUGGGACGACCCUGAGAUGUUCGUGCCAGAAAGGUUCCUAAAAUCUCCAACUGAUUAUCGUGGGCAUGACCUAAAUUUCAUUCCGUUUGGAGCAGGUAGAAGGAUUUGCCCAGGAAUAUCAUUUGCCAUGGCUAGCACUGAGCUUUUAAUAGCAAAUCUUAUACACAAAUUUGAUUGGAGAUUACCUGACGGAGUAGAAUGUUCGACUUUAGACAUGAGUGAGUGUUUUACGAUCAGUAUGCACAAAAAUACUCCUCUGCUUGCUACUGCAUUACCUCCUACUGCUUGCAGGGAACUCUGAUACACCAGAAAAAUACUACUACUGAACAGUUCAAGAAAAUUGAAUGAGUUACUUAGCUUAGAUGUUUGUUUAUGCAAGGACAAGCUAAUUUCAUGUUUAUGCAGUAUACUUUUAGCAUUCCCCUUCCUUCAAUUUCAUCUUGCUAUUAGCAAUAGAAUUAAUCUCGGAUAUAAUCUUGGUUGUGACAUUCAUCUCGAUUCUUUAUAUUCAACAACAACAACCACUACAACAUUCCAUUACCCUAACACCAUUUAGUGACUACCACAGAAGGUGAGGUUCAGAGGGCCAAAGAUCAGAUGUACGCAACAUUACCUUUGUUAGUAAUAAUAAAAAGAUUAUUUUAGAUAAACCCUUGGUACGUAGCAGAUGUUAUCUACACCCCAAACAUUAAAUGACCAUUAAUAAAAAGUUGUCAGACAUUUAAUUUCACAGUGAAAUUAGCUACAACUAUAAAUCCAU